AUGGCAUCCCAAGACUCCCAUUUCAUCGCCCAAAAGCUGAUUAAUCAAGCUAAAAAUGACUGCCAAGGUCCCUUUUUGGGACCCAUGGAUAAUCCUAGCAGUCACGGAAUGUCUGGCCAAAUGGCUUUUGGAUCCAUAGGCCACCGUGCUCCGCCUUUUAUGACUCCUUACAGUUAUAGCAGUGCUGUAAAGAUGGGCAUGGCCCACCCUGGCGGAAACCGGAUCUCCAGCCAGUUGACCGUGCCAAACUUAGGCCACCAAGCUCCGACGGCUUUGGCUCCAAAUACUGCAACUGUGAUUGUCAACGGGGCUAGCAACCCAAAGACCAAUCAUGUCGAGCUUGACGAUGACAGCAGUAUUUGUGUGGAUGAACUCGAUUGGACGCCUCCUCCUUUUGACGAACUCGAUUGGACCCCUCCUUUCCAAGCCUGCUCAGUACGAGUUUUCGAAGCCACCAUGCAGUCGGACAUCGCUACGGCCAGCCAAUCCCAUGGCAAGGGAAAGGCGAUACAUGUUGGUUCGGUCACUUCGAAUGAAUCUGAUGAAGCUCCCAUUGAGUCUUCCAUCAAAGGUAAAGGUCCGGUGGUGGAAGUCAACGUAAUGGGAUCUUACAACCUGAAGCUCAGUUAUUUAAUGUACACUGAAAAGGGUGUGAAUCCCCUCAAAAUCUCGAGUCAAAAGUUGAAAAACAGCAUCACAAAAUGGAUGCCUUAUCGAAUCGAUCCAACCACCAAGAUCAUCGACAUCGACAACAACUCUUUCAUUGCCCUGAAAGAUAUUCUUUUCACUGUGGCCGAUACGAUUGAUACCGAUGCUCCGGCGGGUGGUAAUAGUGCAAUUUUCAAAUUGGCUGACGCUAGUGGAACAGUCACCAUCAAUGUUUAUAUCGAUCGACAUGAAGUUUUCAGUAGAAGCAAGUGUCGCAAACUUGUUGAUGAUCAAGAUGUGCAAGACUUCUUUGCAGCGGUCCAGGAUUGCCCUUUGAGAGAGGCCGGCAUGACAAUCUCGAUGGCUGACCCUGCUAAGUCUGCCAAACUUGCUGACACUAAAAUCGUGAUGGCUCAAACCCGACUCAAAGCUAUGAGCGCAAUGAACAAUGUCACGGUCACUGCUUCUCAAUUGACCGAUUCGCUUCCUCUUGACCCACUUCAAGUCCAACUUGAAGCUCUAAUCAAGAAGUAUGGCAGCCUCGACAAUCACAGCCGGGAGGGUUGGCGUGUGUAUAAACCACACGAAGCAUCCAAAUACAUGCAGAUGAACUAUGAGCACUUACACAAAUGGGCUCAAGAAUUGGCCGAAUCUCGUGCUGGAGUUGACUUAGAUAACCCACCUAUGUAUCUUGAAGGCUUCAAAUGGACCGAUGUCAAACGACCUCUGUCGACUGCCGCUCCACAACACUCAGCCAAAAGAAUCAAAGGUUCCAACUCAAACUAUUCCCAUAUGGGCACCCCGGGUGGAUACUCUGAGUGUCAGGGUUAUCACAUUGAGGUCAAUCGAGAGGAGCUUGAAGAGUUGAAGAAGUAUUGUACAUUGGAGGAAUUUCUGCUUGACGCGGGGAUAGCCCCUUUCCUCGUUGACGAUCUUUCUGAGCGGUUGGCCAAUCACCACAUCGAUAGUUUUGAACAAUUCCUAUUCCCAGAUUUAAUGAACAUCCGCGACGUACUGGCUUUAGGAAUUUCUUGGGGAAUCGCGAUGAAGCUCUUUUCUCAAAGCCGAUUAUUUUAUCAACAAAUGAAAAAGGAACUGGCCACCUGCAAUCGAAUCUUUGCUCGCGAGGGCCCCUAUAACUUUAAGUCCUCCACCACCACCCCCCAUAGCGGGCCAAGCAACUCGACCCCGCGUGCGCGUCAAGCUGGACCAAGUUGUGUUCCUGACACAGCUCCUAAGGCUGGAACUAGUCGUUCCUCUGGUCUUUAA